AUUUUUUUGAGGUCCUCAUUUUGCCAAAUGCGGUCAUCGCCCCCACCACUGUCAUAUCUGGCAACAGCAACUCAACCAUCCCCUAUUAUUUAAGUCUACAAAUAAAAAGAGCCUGGUAGCGGGAUACUUGAGCAAGGAACAUAGUUGCACUUUCUCGAUGGCACUCGAAAAAUGGGCGAUUCCUCAGCUGUCAAAAUUGAUACCGCUUGAUGAAGAGUCACUCAAGCAAGUAGUCACUUAUUCAGCAUCUCUGCCAAAAGAUGCCGCCGCAGAGCAUCUUAAAAAUCUGCUCGGAGACUCCGCGCCAGCAUUAGAGUUUAUUAGCACGUUCAACACACGAAGACAAGCACCAGCAAAUUCACAGUCAGCACAUGCAGCGUCGACACAUGAUACUUCCACAGGUGUGCCCAAACCGAAAAACAGGCCAAAGAAGAAGAAGGAUGAUUUCAACAAACUACUCGAGAUACGGAGACCAGAUGGCUAUGGCAACACAUCUGGGGGGUAUAUCAAAAAGAGUCAAGAUGACUAUAUUAGUUCAAAAUUGUCGAAAGCACAAAAAGAUUCUCCACUCUUCAACGCUUUGGCAUUACAGCCUAUACGAGAUGAUAUCGAUGAUAGCCUAGUCAGCUCGGGGUCCAGCUCAAUAACACCGUCGCGAGUAUCAACACCCAAGCUACUUCCAUCAGGUGCUGGUCGAUUGAUCUCUGACUCGAAACCACAAUCACGAUCAACUUCUCAAGUACGAAAUCAGAAAACCAAAAUUACAAUUACUGGAGGUACGCCUAUGCACGGGAAGUCAGCGAUAUUGAAAGAUCUCGAUUCAGCCAUUCGAGAGCUGGAAAUGAUGACGAAUCCUUCCCUUGCACUUACAUCGGAGCAGAACUCUCGCAGGAAGUGUCGAUGUAUGGCUCAAAAACAUCCCCUAUUAGAAGUUUCACCAAAUUGUUUAAAUUGCGGCAAGAUUAUCUGCGUCAAGGAGGGAUUAGGUCCAUGCACGUUCUGCAACACGCCACUUCUGUCCAAUUCAGAAAUACAGUCAAUGAUUCGUGUUCUACGCGAAGAGCGAGGUCGUGAGAAACAAGAAUUUAACAAUGCCGCUUAUCGAAAAGCCGACGUGUCAAAAUCACUGCGCCCUUUCAGCAAGUCAACACAAUUCAAUUCGCCAACGGCCUCUAGUCCCGCCGCAUCUGACUCCGAGUCUGAAUUAUUGUCAGCGGCGACACAGCACAGAGACAAACUUCUGGCUUUUCAAGCUCAAAACGCGCGUAGGACGAGAAUUCAUGACGAAGCUGCUGAUUUCGAGACCACGACGGCAGGAUUGAACAUAUGGGCAACACCAGUUGAGCGCGCAAUGCAACUGAAAAAACAACAAAAGAUCCUGAGAGAACAGGAGUGGAAUGCAAGACCGGAGUGGGAAAAGAGAAAAAUUGUUGCCAGUAUAGAUCUUGUUGGUGGUAAAGUAGUCAGACAUAUAGCAGCUGCAGAGCAGGCCGCGGGUCCUGAGUCAGAGGAAGAGAUCGAUGAGCCGAUAGAAGACAUUAUGGCACAUGAACCGAAGCUAAGCAACAAUCCGCUUCUAGGAAGUCUGAUCCGGCCAGUUGCAAAAGUUGACGUACAUGGGAAAGGGAAGGAGAAAGCUACGGAUCGAAGGAAAACGAUGUGGCGUAGAGUGCAAGAUGACAAUGACGAUAAUGAGCAAUGGAUCCUAGACGGCGGGCUAUAGGCACCGGUCACGGUGGCUUUCAGAGACAUCUAAACUUGAAGGAAGGUCGGAGCAAUGCUAAGCUCUAGUAUUUUCACAUCAUCUGUCCUUGCGACGACCGCCUCGUAAUUCACUCGACGAGAUACUGAAUCGAUUCAGUACUCCGCUUAAAUAAAAACACACUUGUAAAGAACCACAAAAUUG